ACAAAAAAGAGACCUAGACGCGGCGGCGCCCCAAUCGAGCUCCCACUGCCAAAUGCGCCCCCCAAAUCCCUCGACAAAAUCCCCAAUCCUCAUGGCGCCGAGCCUGCCUCCGCCGCGACGCCGCCGCCGCCGGACGCCGUCGCCGGUAGACAACGCCAUGCGCGAGAUCUUCCUGCGCCUACGACCUCGUCAUCAUGGGUGAAUACUUCGUUUUCUCCGACCUCGUCACCCACGAGGACUGGGAGAUUCACGUUGACCCCAAGUGCCACGGCAUCAUGCGGUGGGAGGACGACGGCCCCGAGGAUGUGUCCGAGGGCAUACGCUGUAAUGCGGCAGUGCUCUGUGACAAGGACCUAUGUGACCACCUCGACUGCCACGGCGGUCCUUUCCUCGUCGCCUUGGUGGGCUCCGACGAUGCAGAAGGGUCAAUGGCCUUGGCUACCGUCUACUCUUCAAAGACUCGUGAGUGGAGCGACGUGAUCUCUGUUGAUGUUGAUGAACCGGAUUUAAUCUAUGACAAGGCGCACAGUGCGGUUGUGGGAAAUAAGGUCUAUGUCCCCUGUGUGGAGAGUAGCUGUGUCUUGGAGUACGACAUUGGUGAGCAAGAACUAUCAGUGAUCAGUGUGCCAUAUGAGGACCAGGACGAGAGCCAGCGUUACGUCGACCUCAUGGGGGUGGAGGACGGCAUGCUGCUGUUUGCGUCUGUGAUGAAGCCUAGACUCUAUCUAUGGUCAAUGGAGGCUGGUCCCAACGGAGCUGCAGGAUGGGCGCGACGCAGGUUCAUUGAGCUUGAACCGUUGCUCCCUCGUUCUAUCCUCCUGGACAAUUCCACCGUGUCAGCGGUUGGUUUUGCGGAAGGUGUCAGUGUCAUCUUCGUGAGUACACAAUCUGGGUUGUACACAAUUGAGCUCAGCUCAGGACGAUGUGACAAGGUAAAUGUAGAGGAACACGUUCAAAAGGCCAUGCCCUACAUGAGCUUCUACAUUGGAGGUACAGACUAG